AUGGUAGGAGCAUUUCACGGCCAUGCGCACAAUCGAAGAUGCCAGAUAGAUUGGCAUCCUAUGUACAUUGAAGGCACAGGACACACGGAGGGUGAAGGAUGCGAACACAUUUUUUCUUCGUCAAAUGAGCUUGCACGAAGUACUCGGCAUGCUACAACUUUUCAUCGACAUCAAUCGAUCGAGCAACAUUUUGCAUUUUGGGACGAGGAUAAGUAUGCAGCCUUAAGUGUUUUUAUACAGAAUCAUUAUCGCGAAGCCCAGGAAGAUAUCCGAACUCUCACAGCAGAGCUCUCGGUCAUUCGGGAAACUCUCAAUCUCGCUGAUACUGACUUCAUUCGUUUUCAUGCACAAGAGCAUGAAUAUCUUGAUGCUUUAAAACAGACGCCGGUCAAGGAUCUUCUCAGUAUCCGAUACAUCAAUGUGCUUGAUGAGCUUGCUGAGCGCCAGUCGGAAUGGAACCAAGCCCGAGAAGCAGCCAAUCGCUCACUAGUUGAAAUUCAUGUCGGCAGCCUAAGUGACAUGCACCUCGCUUUAAACCAAGCUCGCGUCCGUGUCGAUACGGCAUAUUCAAAACUCCAGAACACGGAACAGUUAGCUGGACAUUUGGAGGUUCAACUUGGAAUCGACAAACGCUGGGAAAUCGGAAGCGAAUGUUAUAGUCGGUUUCGAGAAGAAGCCUUACUUCUGAAGUAUCGUUCAACGCUCGAUGAACUUGAGCGCCUCGUAGUCAUGCGUCUAUUUGAACUGUCCAAACUUUCAUUAUCAGGAACAGGUAAGUACGCUGUCUUUGAUGUAUUUUAG